AUGGCAAAAGUAAGAUUGAGUACAGUUCUGAUAUUCCUUUUCUUGUAUCAGGCAAGCAAGUCAAUCACGCGCGAAGGAGAUGCACGUCAUAGUUUCACCACGCCCCAAACCCGCCCAUAUACGAACAACGACCGCAAACAGCCCCAGAGAGCUGCCUGUAACUGCAUCGAAGGCCACCUCCCUCACGCCCUCGCUCUUCAUGCGCAACUGCAGGGUUCUAUCAUUAUCUGCAAUGGUAUAGCGCGGCACCUGAACCAGCGUGUCCUGUCCCGCGACGUUGCGAUGCGCACCGUACUUCCAGGCAGGCCUGCGCCAAAGCUCCAAGCUGUCAGCACAGCUCUGUGGGAGGGCAUCCGUGUAGUUGUGUAUAUAUCUGGCAAUGCGGUCGUCAUACUCGGUGGCCCGCAGAAGCUUCUACAGACCAUCUAUCUUGACGAUGUCGACUGGCUCUCCGCGGUUAAUAUAGACGAGGCUUCCGGGAAGAUUGCAGUGUGUGGAGGACAGACUAUACUUGUUUACAAACCGUCGAAAAUCCGCGACAGAGUCGAGUGGAACCUCCAGUAUACCUUUCGUCGUGAUGGUGCUGAUUCCGGAAGCGAUAAUGGGGAGAUCAGGACGCUGUCAUGGGGUGGCUCUGGAGAGCUGCUGACAGGCAGCAACAGCCUCGUUCUUUGGCAUUUUGACGAUGACACUCCACAUGCCAUAUGGACAAAUAAGCUGGCUAACAGAGUUAAAAUUGCCCAAUUCUCAUACGAUGCUGGGCUCAUUGCUUCUACGGGAGACUAUGACCGGCUCGUGAAAGUAUGGAGACGGCUUUCGUUCGGCUCAGACGAGGCGCGGUUCGACGUUACCUAUCUACCGCAUCCAAGUGCUGUAACAGGUAUACACUGGCGUCGAUCGCAUCAUAUAGACCAGACGAUAGACAAUGUACUAUACACUAUAUGUGCCGAUAACAAAAUACGAGUAUGGGCACCGAUGGAUCGCCAUGCCUUAUUGGCCCUUCAGCUCUGGAAUACCAUUGAUAUGGAGGCUUCAAUUCAACCACGAUACCCUCUUAAAACAGGAAACGCUAGCAGUCGAUACGGAUUCAUUGUUGAUAGCCGGGAUUUCUCCCUUGCUACUGAACGUGCGGUGCAGCGCGGGCCAGCGACAGAAAAGGACAAGUUCGCCCUUGAACACCUCAUCGAAGCCGCUACAAAGAGCCCGGAAGUGUGUGUUAUCCUUGAUGGGAACGGCCACAUGUGUGUCUGGGGUUUGGAAAAUGCAGGCUGUAAAACUCAUUCGGAAGCGAAUAUUUUCAACAUCGCGCACAUCGAAGGGCUAGAUCUAUCCUCCGCAUUGGGCAAUAGCCCAACAGGCGAUUAUGCCCAGUUUUACCCAUUCGCCGGUGGUGUAUCUGAUGCGUCCUUUACCGUCCUCGCGCACUAUUUUGAUGGGCGGAUCGAAUGGCUAGACUCCAAAGUUGACGUUUUAUUCGAUCCUACGCCGAGGAAGCGUCGAUUGGUCUCUCAAGCCAUAUGGUCUGGACACACAGAGUCAAUAAAGAAGAUAGUUCGAACACCGAGUGGAAAAGUACUCAGUUCACGUACCAAUGACAACAAUGCUGUCAUGUGGCGACAGAGGUCAAAUAGCGCUACGGGCUCCGUACUUGUGCAACAAAGUUCACUUAACUGUGAUAUGCAUAUCCACCGAACUUGCCUGCUUGAAGAUGGAAAUUUUCUAGUUAAUCUACACCAUAAUGGCGUGUCGAUGUGGGAUAUUCGCUCCUUUGAGGCAAAGAUGAUAGCGAAAAGCGAUUUCCAUCUGAGCAGCAAGCCUCUUUGUGUCUUGCUCAUCCCCACGUCGGAACCUUGCACUUCUUACAUUGCAGCUAUAGGAGCUGAUAUGGCCGGUGUGGCUUGGGAAGUUGAGCUUCCUACCAACAGUACGGAUCGAGGCCAGUCGAAGAAAGAUACUACCCUUGUUCUACGAGAAUUUUCAACUUUCAGCCUCGGGUCAGACGAAGAUGUUGCUUACAUCCUCCCUGUUGACCCAGCAGGCUCCAAGCUCCAGGCCUCCCACUCACUAGAUUUGUUUGCAACGGAUAUUGCCCUGUCCUACUCGCAUAGCGGUACAAUCAAGACCUGGACUGCUAAAGUUGACAAAUCAAAGCGAAAAAUUGACUGGCUUCUGACGGCUUCCGUUGAGACCGGAAUCCCCAAUCCUUCUUUAGCAAGUGCCGGUUCCGUGCGAAAGGCAGCUCUUGUAGAUCAAAACCGAACACAUUUGACUAUCUGGGACACAAACAGUGCACAGCUGGAACUGGAAGAAAGCUUUGAAGAACAUGAUAUCAUUCAAGAUCUCGAUUGGACUUCCACUCCUGACACCCAGUCUAUCCUGGCUGUCGGGUUCCCACAUAAAGUCAUUCUUCUCUCGCAGUUGCGAUAUGAUUACCUUGACGCCGGACCGUCAUGGGCACAAAUUCGAGAGGUUAAUAUCGGGCGUCACACGCCUCAUCCGAUCGGCGAUUCAUGCUGGCUAGGUAACGGAAACCUUGUCAUUGGCGCCGGAAACCAACUCUUCGUACAUGAUAAAUAUAUCGAGGCGAACAAUCGAUGGGUCACCAGCCUCCGUUUACCUUAUCACGAGGAGACACAUUUCGAUUUAUUCGAUGCUGUUAGCCGACUGAAUGGACCGCUACCAGUUUUCCAUCCCCAAUUUCUGGCGCAGUGCAUCUUAAGUGGUAAAACCAGCUUGGUGCACUUGAUAUUAACCAGGCUACAUCAGAAAUUGAAAUAUGUUACUGAUGGUGAUGAUAUUGGGGCGUUUCUAGACAUCCCACUUGAUGAUAUAUAUAACGAGGUUUCCCCCAUACAACAGAUAACAUAUAAGGAAAUGAACUCAUCCUAUGCUGGUUUUACGAUGGAUGACGAACCUCAUGUGCUAGAUGAGGCAAUAGCAACUUCACUCAACGAGUAUUUGAAAAAAAUAGCUCUCCCCCAGCUGUCUUCUAAAGAACAAUUUCGCCUUGUUGAUACCGUCGAGUGCGUUGCGACUGUUGAGAAACAUCGACGCUCAAUGGACGUUAAUGCUGCAAGAUAUCUACUCUUCUUUCGCCAGUAUAUGCUUCGAAAAAGUCAAGGCUUCCGCGAAGAAUUUAUGGUUUCAUGGCGAGAAAUCGUUUGGGCCUUCCACAGCGGUAGUCACGAAAUCCUUACAGAUUUGGUUGGCAAACAAUUCCACGGCAAGAUGCUCUGGGAACAAGCUAGGGAAAGUGGUAUUUUCAUGUGGAUCACUGACACUAAUGCAUUGCGUUCGUUACUCGAAAUUAUUGCUCGAAAUGAAUACACCAAAACCGACGAGAAGAACCCUAUCGAUUGCAGCAUUUUCUAUCUUGCAUUAAAGAAAAAGAAAGUCUUGCAGGGUCUUUGGCGAAUGGCAACUUGGCACCGAGAGCAACCAAACACUUAUCGGUUCCUGUCUAAUAACUUUAAGGAGACUCGCUGGCAGACUGCGGCGCUGAAAAACGCUUUUGCGUUGCUUGGGAAGCGAAGAUUUGAGUACGCUGCCGCCUUCUUUUUGUUGGCCGACCACCUACGAGAUGCAGUAAACGUUUGCUUAAACCAGCUUCAAGACGUACAACUUGCGAUCACACUCGCUCGCGCAUAUGAAGGAGACGAUGGGCCGGUUCUAAAGGAAAUCCUGGAGGAUCGAGUUCUCACCACGGCUGCCACAGAAGGUAACCGGUGGAUGGCAACAUGGGCCUUCUGGAUGCUCAACAAACGUGACAUGGCUGUCCGUGCAUUGGUGACGCCCAUCGAAGGUCUCCUCCCGUCGACUCCUGGGUCCCCAUCGAGUCCCGGCCAAGUAGCCCUUCAAGCUAAAUCGUACCUUUCCAACGAUCCAGCGCUCGUUGUCUUGUACCAGCAGCUGCGCGAAAAGACUCUACAAACUCUCAAAGGUGCAUCCAGGAUUUCCGCCCGUGAGGAAUGGGAGUUUGUCCUACGCAACGCACGUUUAUACGACCGUAUGGGCUGUGAUCUUCUCGCCCUCAACCUAGUACGAGAGUGGGAGUUCCUUACUCCACCCUCCGCAAACGACACGGUAUCGAAUCGGCUAUCAGUCAGCUUUAUGGAAGACUCCCGGGAUCCACGCAAACUACUUAAACGCAGAGGGAGUCUGGUCGUUGCAGAUAUGCAUAUCGCACACGAUAAGAAAGAGGACGCUGGGAAGACAGAAGCUUCCAGAGCUGGUUCCCAGCAAGCAAAAAAUGCCACUCAGUUUCAAGAGCCAGAGUCAAGCUCGCUGCUCGAUAGCUUCGGAUUCUAA